AGUUUAAGACCUGGGCUGGAGUGACAUAGAGUGAAGAACCGCAGGAAAGACGGGAGAUGAUGAGAGCAGUAAAAGUGCAUAAUGAGGCAGUUUGAGUCAUUUUGAGAAAGAGAAAUAAAAAACUCAGCGGAGGAGGUAGAAAAGAGGUAGGAAAAGAAAAGGGAGCCGAGCCAAUUGGCAUCAUUUGAGUUAUUCAGCUCAGCUCUAAAACUCUGUCCAGACUCAAAAACCGCCAAGGGCCUCUCGGUAUUGUCAGCACUGUGGAUAGUCUGCAAGAGGAGCACACAAGUCCAGAAGUGAGACGAUUUAUCGCUGGGACUCACUUAUGACACUGGACUCUUUUAUCCUUCCUGGCUCUAUGCAGCUCUCCAACUAAAUUAUCUUAGUAGUAGCCAACAUUGAGAGCCAGAGCUACUACAGUACAAUGGGCCUGCAGAAUGGAGUAUGAUAUUGACUUCUACAAACACUUUGCUUGGCUUAGAAAGGUAAACCACCAGUCAUCAGACAAUGGUGAGUCCUACCAGGAGCGUUUAUUACGUCUGGAAGGAGACAAAGAAUCUCUCAUUUUGCAGGUGGGUGUGUUGACAGACCAGGUGGAAGCUCAAGAGGUAAAAAUCAGCGACCUGCAGAGUUCGGUGGUGGCGCAUCGGCUCAAACUCAACGCCACAGAAGAGAUGCUGCACCAGGAGCUCCUGCAUAGGACGACACUGGAGAAGCAGAAGCUGAGUCUUAAGGGGGAGGUGUCCUACCUGAAGCUGAAGCUGUCAGACAUGGAGGAGAAACAUGGCCAUGGAGAAGAGAGGCAGCACAAAGCAGAGAGCGUUGUGAAUUUCAUUAGUGAGCUGCAGGAGCAGAUGUGUAGAUUUCAGAAGGAGAUCAAUAGCAAGAUCCAGGAGAAAAAAGCCUCUGAGAACCCAGCUGACAGCGGCUCACCAGCGCCAUGCCCCGCCCCCUCCACGUCCCCCGAGGACUCGCACGCCGACCCCUCGUGUAACACGGCCGCAGAGGUGAAGCCCAAACUAGAGGAGGAGGCUGCAGACGGGGUUGAUGAGAGUAGCUCAGACGCAGAGCAGCUGCGACACAAUGGAGGAGAGAGCGGCUUGGUCCAGGAGCUCAAGAUUCUCAAAGACAAAGUGGAACACUUGGAAGAUGAGAAGUUAGAGUACGAGAAAAGACUCAAAGCAAGCAAGGUGGAGAUCAGCAGCCUUCAGCAGCUUCUCCUGAGUAAGAAUGCUGAGAUUGAGAGUUUGCACACUCAGCUGCUGACCAGACCUCCACUAGCUACUGAGAGCUCUGAGAAAGACCAGGAGCUGCAAAGAUUUAAAAGAAACAUUAAAUCCCUGGAAGCAGCCAAUGAUGAAAAGGACCGCCGCAUUGAAGAGCUCUCUCUGCUCUUAAACCAGUGCAAGCAAUUCAGAGAUCUGACACACAACGCAAGGCAAGCGCCACCUGCUGGACGCUCACUGUCGAACGGCAGGACAAAUUCCAGUAGCAGUGAAGAGGAGGAGCAAGGUCUGAGGAAGAAUGCUGAUUCUGCUAGUGCUAAGUCUGAGGAUCUGAAGUCUGAUGGUUCCAUAAACAGUGCUUCCUCUCUUCAAACAUCAAUUUUGUCUCAGAAGGACAGUGAUUGCAGGCGAGAGACACAGACAUCAUCUAGUAGCUUGACUGACUUAACAACUGCCCAGACUCAAAAGAGGGACACCAGGACUCUGACACUGCCUGUCCGUUCGUCUCCCACAGAGAGCAGCACUGAGCUCCACAGUGAACGAUCGCCUGAUGACAGUGAAGAUGGAGACUCUAGCCAAACCAAGCUGGAGAAAAUGAGCAACUGCACUGGGACAAACAGCCCACCGGGCCAGAGAAAUGUGGGCUCGCCAGAAUACAUGAAGACAAACCGGAGCCUCAAGAGACUUUGGGGAAAACUUCGAAGAACAAAUUCUGGAGGAGUCAAUGCAGGUGACACAGAUACGGGUCCUUUUAGAAGAGGGGGGCUCCGUGCAACAGCAGGACCUAGACUGACCCGUACCCCAGAAUCUCCUGAUUCUGCACAUGACAUGAAUCUCCCAUUCAGCCAAUGGACCAAGGAGCAGGUGUGCGGCUGGUUGGAGGACUAUGGUCUUGGCCACUAUCUCAACCUUACAAGGCAGUGGGUUGAAUGUGGCCAGACACUACUUUCCGCUACACCUCAGGAUCUUGAAAAGGAGAUGGGCAUGAAGCACCCUCUGCACAGGAAGAAGCUGCAGUUGGCAUUGAAUGCGUUCACCAGUAAAAUGACAGAGAAGUCAGCAGAGCUGGACCACAUCUGGGUUACCCGAUGGCUGGAUGAUAUUGGUUUACCUCAGUAUAAAGACCAGUUCCAUGAAGCCCGCGUGGACGGCCGCAUGAUACAAUACCUCACGGUGAAUGACCUCUUAAGCUUAAAGGUGACCAGUCAACUCCAUCAUCUCAGCAUUAAAUGUGCCAUCCACGUCCUCCACGCUAACAAGUUCAACCCCUACUGUCUACGUCGCAGGCCUGAGGAAGAGAAACAGCCUUCCCCCUCUGAGGUGGUGCAGUGGUCAAACCACCGUGUGAUGGAGUGGCUUCGAGCAGUCGAUCUUGCAGAAUAUGCACCUAAUCUCAGGGGCAGCGGUGUCCAUGGCGGACUAAUUAUCCUGGAGCCUCGCUUCAGCGCAGAGACUUUGGCCCUGCUCCUAAAUAUUCCCCCGCAGAAAACGUUGCUCCGUCGCCACCUGGCCACAGCCUUCUCUGCCCUGGUGGGGACUCAGGCAACGCAGGAGAAGCGAGAGUACGGCAAUGCUACAGGCCAUGUGCCCCUCACAACCACAUCUAAAGUGAAGCCUAAGAAGCUAGGCUUUACCCAAUUUAGUCACCUCCGGAAGAGGAAACCUGACGAAUCUGCAGACUACAUCUGCCCCAUAGAGGGUGGAUCGUUGACUGUGAACGGGAUUUCAAGGAUGCCUUCCGCAGCACUCAGGGGGAUCAGCCCCAAUUUGGACAGACAGCCAAAUAUGCAGGAGCAUGGCGAAGGAAAGUUAUGGAGGACUAACACAAACAACUGCUAAGAAAAGCACAGUGGUCAUCUUCACACUUUGAGCUCAUAAAAUCCAAAUAUAUGCAUUGCUGGACAGUGUGAAAUGCACAUCAUGUAUUUAUGACUCACAUAAUGCUUGAACAUGUUUUCUCUGAAAUGAAUGUGUGAAAUGUUAGGUGAAAGCUGCCCCCUGCAUUCCUUUUACAGUUGUUCCAAAUAUUUCAAAUGCUUUAAGGACUUUUUGAAAGUGUGUUAUGUGUUGCAUCGAAACAUCUAGUUUGGAUGCUCUGUUCAUAUUCUACAUCUGGAUUCACUGUGCACUUCUGCAUUGGACAUUUGUGAACAUGGCUUUUUCAGUCGGACACACGCAAAGCCAAAGACAACUACGAGAUCUCCAAGGUGGAGUCGGGCCAUUUUUCUUCCUCCUGAGACUAACGUUAGGAUUAUGCAUGUUUGUAAAUUGACAGAGUGACAUAGAAUGCUGACAACACACACUGACUGUGAGAUGUUUAUUUUGACCCUCUUAUGCAUUGCCGAGCAACAGCAACAUAUUUUAUAAAAUAAUAUACCAUAAAGGUAAAUAUUAUAACUAUAUGAUAUAAAUGUACAUCUUUUACAAAGUUAUUUGAAAUGUUACUUAAAACAUGAUCAGUAAAGUAUUUCAAAGUU